GAAAAGGAACUUUUAUGUUUGUUUUUCUCUGUUGGUUGAGCGAAAAACAAAAUAAAUAAACAAAACUUCUUUGUGCAACUGAUCUUCCAUACUUUCGAUUCUCUGUUUCGCUUAGGCGGAAUCAGAGAAUCGUUUCAAGUUAAGACGUUUUGUGAAUAUUUGUUUAGGGGGAAGAAGCAAGCAUUUCAAGUGAGAAAUGGAAAUGCCUCAAAUUGAUGGAAGAAUGGAAGGUUGGCUUUAUACCAUCCGACAUAACCGGUUUGGACUUCAGUUCUCCCGUAAACGAUAUUUUGUUCUUCACGACAACAACCUUACAAGCUUUAAAUCUGUACCAUCUGAUCAGAAUGAGGAACCUGAUAGAAGAGCAUCUCUUGACUGCUGUAUUCGGGUUACAGACAAUGGAAGAGAGAGUUUCCAUAGAAAGAUCCUUUUCAUAUUUACGCUUUACAACACCUCAAACCAUUUGGAUCAAUUAAAGCUGGGUGCAAGUAGUCCUGAAGAAGCAGCCAAAUGGAUCAGAUCAUUACAAGAUGCUUCACAAAAGAAGUUUCCAUUUCCGGAUUGCGAAUUUGUAUCUCAUGCUGAGAAAGGACUUGUGAAGUUUAAUGUAUCAAGGAGGUCACGGCGCAAAAACUCAGUUGACUGGACAAAUUACUCAUCGGUGAAUGUUGAAACAAUAGCACCUGAUGUCAUUGCUCCUUCGCCAUGGAAAAUUUUUGGAUGCCAAAACGGUUUACGCCUUUUCAAAGAAGCUAAAGACUGGGAUUCCCGCGGACGGCAUUGGGAUGAUCAUCCUGCAAUUAUGGCAGUUGGUGUCAUUGAUGGUACUUCAGAAGAUAUUUUCAAUACGUUAAUGUCUCUUGGUCCUUUACGAUCAGAAUGGGACUUCUGUUUCUACAAAGGAAGCGUGGUGGAGCAUCUUGAUGGACACACAGAUAUAGUUAAUAUCCAGUUGUACAGUGAUUGGUUGCCAUGGUUAAUGAAUCGAAGAGACGUGUUGCUACGACGCUACUGGAGAAGGGAAGAAGAUGGAACCUACGUGAUACUUUGCCACUCUGUUUAUCACAAGAAGUGUCCACCAACUAAAGGAUAUGUUCGCGCUUGUCUCAAAAGUGGUGGUUAUGUGGUGACUCCUGUAAACAAAGGGAAGCAAUCACUAGUAAAGCAUAUGGUAGCCAUUGAUUGGAGAAGCUGGAACUUAUACAUGAGGCCAUCUUCUGAAAGAUCUAUAACCAUUCGUGUGGUUGAGAGACUUGCGGCCUUACGUGAAAUGUUCAAAGCGAAACAAGGACACGGCUUCGCUGAGUUCGUCUCAGGGGAGUUCAUGCAAACCAAAUUUUCCUUGUCUAAGAUCAACACUUUACCCUUUAAAAAAGAAGCCAAAAGGAUUGAUCUGGAGCUUGUGAAAGUUGAGGAAAUGGAGAAACCUUCUUCAGCACGCAACAGUUUGAUGGACUUAAAUGAUGCUUCUGAUGAAUUUUUUGACGUUCCUGAGCCCAAUGAGUCUUAUGAGUUUGAUAGCUUAAUUGAGAACUCUCCCUUUUCACAAGGACACUCUCAACUCAAGCUACCAUCACCAUCUGGUAUUGUCAAGAAACUUCAAGAUCUAGCCAAUAAUAAGAAAGGCUACAUGGAUUUACAAGAGGUCGGUAUGGAUGUAAAUAGCACAUUCAUCUAUGGAGCCACUCUCCAACAAGACCCAAAUCUUACUAUGCCUUGUAGUUGGUCUAUCGCUGAUCCAUCCACAUUCUUGAUUCGUGGAGACAAUUAUUUAAAUGACCAACAGAAGGUAAAGGCAAAUGGCACAAUGAUGCAAAUGGUUGGAGCAGACUGGAUAAGUUCUGAUAAGCGAGAAGAUGAUCUUGGUGGUCGACUAGGUGGUCUAGUUCAAGAAUUCGGAGCGAAAGGCGGUCCAGAGUUUUUCUUCAUUGUAAACAUGCAGGUCCCUGGUUCUGCUAUGAUCAGUCUAGCAUUGUACUAUAUGCUGAAAACUCCAUUAGAAGAGCAUCCUUUGUUACAUAGUUUUGUGAAUGGUGAUGAUGCUUAUCGCAAUUCGCGCUUUAAACUCAUCCCUCACAUCUCCAAAGGUUCGUGGAUUGUAAAGCAGAGUGUUGGCAAGAAGGCUUGCUUGGUGGGUCACGCACUUGAAGUACGUUACACCCGUGGAAAGAAUUACUUGGAGCUUGAUAUUGAUGUUGGAUCUUCAACUGUUGCAAGAGGUGUAACCAAUCUUGUUCUUGGGUAUCUUAACAACUUGGUUAUAGAAAUGGCCUUUUUGAUACAGGCAAACACAGCAGAGGAACUACCAGAAUUGCUACUAGGGACAUGUCGGCUCAAUUAUCUCGAUGUUUCAAAGUCUCUAAAAGAACGAUGAGAUGUCCCCAGGAACAGAUGAUAUUUCGAAUUUUGUUUCUUUGUAAAAGCUGUGUGUGUUUACUGUGUUUAUUUUACCAUUCUUUAUCAAGUGUUUUUACAUUCAAACUAAGAGAUCUUUUUUUUGGUCUAAACAAACUAA